GUCAGUGUGAGUGGCGGAGUCGGACUGACUGCACAGGAAAAAGCGCCGCUGAACUUGAGAACAGGCGGACAAGUGUAGUGUGGUAGUGUGUCCCCGGACUGUGUGGUAGUGUGUCCCCGGACUGUGUGCUGUGUGUCCCCGGACUGUGUGCUGUGUGUCCCCGCUCUCCCGCCAUGAAGAGUCUGAAACAGAGACUGAAGAAACACGACGCGUCCAGUCACACUACAGACUGGAACAAGUAUGACGAGCGCCUCCAGAAGGCAGUGGAGAGCGAUGAUGUGGACAAAGUCACCAGCACGCUCAAGAAAGGAGCGAUCGCAACCAAACUCGAUGCUGACGGCCGCUCGUCGCUUCACAUAGCAGCAAGAAACGGGCUUAUAAAUAGCCUCAAUGUUUUCCUUGCCCACGGUGUCAACCUACGCACAGCAGAUGCUACUGGUAAAACUGCACUCCAUCUUUCCUCAAGAGACGGCCACUCCGCCUGUGUGCAGCGACUGUUGCAGUGCAAAAGUCCUGUUGACUGUAUAGAUCUGCAUGGAAAGACAGCUUUACAUGAAGCAGCAUAUGCAGGUCAUACUACAAUAAUCAAAAUGCUGUGUAGCAGUGGUGCAGCUGUCAGUGCUGUUGAUAAGGAUGGUCGUACUCCUUUGAUGACAGCAGCACAAAUGGGUCACAGCCGAGCUUGUCAACAACUUCUAAACUGCGGGGCUUCGGUCAAUCUUCGCGACAAGCAAAAUAAGACUGCACUCAUCUUGGCUUCUGAGCAAGUUUGCCGUGAAGUAGUGGAGGUCUUGCUGAAGCAUAAGGCAGACGUGACUGCUGUGGACCUGCAUGGCCAUGACUCGUACCAUUACGCCCAGCUUAGUGGAGAUCAAGCUUUGAUCAUGAUGAUCAAACAAGCCUGGGAUGCAGCCAGCAAAGAGGCUUCCAAGACUGGUCCAAAAUUACAGCAGCAGAAGGAGUACGGCAGCCAGUCAGAAAAUGAAAAAGAUAACCUGCAGAGCUAUCAUUUGGAUUCUGCACAGGUUAGACAUCAUGCUCCACAUUUAUCAGCUCCGGCCUCAUUUAAAGUGAAGGAGGUGAUGGCAGGUGAGGCUGAUCUUCUUAAGAGGGAGCUGUGGGAGAUGAGACUGAGGCAUGACGCUGCCCAGGAGGAGCUGCUAAGGCUGGACUCGGCUCUGGUCCUACGCACCCGGGACUUCGAGGAGCUGAGGAGGAGCAGUGAGCGGGCGCUGCAGCAGGCUCAUAGUCACGCUUGGGAGCUGGAGGAGGCGCUCGGGGAGGUUCAGCGGAGAAUGGUCGCCUCUGAGGCUAAAGUCAGGCAAAUGCAGGCACAUUUGGUAGCAGUGCGUGAGAACCUGGUGGAGGAGCUGAGAGCACAACUACACGAGGCCAAAGCGGCGCUGCAUCGAGCCAACGAGGAGCUUGGUCUAAGCAGAAGGGAAGCUGAGCAGGUAAAAGACAGAAAUGACAUGCUCCUGCAGGAGGUACACAAGCUCAGCGAGGAGCUGCUGAAGAAAAAGAACACAGAUGCACUGCAGGCGCGACUGGGAGGUCAGAAGGCUCAGACAACUGAAAUGGCUUGUAAGGAAAUACAAACCCCCUCAGAAUGGAAGACUGGGUCGACAAAAACCACCAUGACGGAUCUUACGAGCGAGAUUCUUCAGCAGGAGAUGGAUAAGAAGAACUACAUCAGUUUAAACGAGCAUGAGUCUAUGAGAAGCUCAAUGAAUAGUGCACUUCAGCAGGCACAAAGCCAGGCUCGGGAAGCCGUGCUGAAGCAGCAGCAAACCAGUGAGGAAAAUCAGAGUCUCAUUAGAGAACUGCAGGAGCAGAGGACAGAGCUGGACACCCUGCAGGACGCCCUACAGGCCCGGUUUGUGCCUGUGGCUAUGCUGGAGACCAAGGAGAACGAGGUGGCUCAGCUUAGGCUCGCACUUAAAGAAAUGGAGGAGAGAAAGGAGACGGAGGAGGAAGGCGAGAAGGCGUGUAACGCUGAAUCACAGAAGCAGUCUCAGCCUGAGCAAACAUUACAGAGCAGCAGAGGCACACAAACUGAGGAAUGUCAGGAAAUGUGCGCCACCACCUCUGUCAACCUUACACAGGAGAACAUGCCAUUAAACACAAAAGGAGGACAAAAUAAGGAUUCAGAGAUAAUGGUGGAGGCAGAAGGCCAGAGGGCAGCACAGAGCUCAUCAGCUCCAAGCAGUGUUUGUAGCCUUGUGCACUCAGACAGCACCAUCCUGCAGGCGCACAUAAACAGCCUGGAGCAGCGGUUGGAGAACUCUGAAAAGCAUUAUAGACAAGUUCUUGCUAUAUAUCGCACACGUCUCCUCAAUGCAGCCCAGGGCCAUAUGGAUGAGGAGGCCAGAAUGGCACUGCUUCAGAUCGCACAAAUGAGACAGGAGUGUGUAUGUUGAUCAUUGCUUGUCUCUGUCUUUCAAAAUCUGAAUCUCUGAAAAUAUCUCUCUCUAUUUUCUGCGUGUGAGUGAGAAUGUGUGGUUGUAUUAUUGAUUAACUAUUAGGAUUUAAGCCACCGUGAAAUAUAGGUUUACUGCAGGUUUUUGUAUUCUUUUACUGAAUGUAAUUAUGUAAAUAUAUAAAUAUAUGUAUUAUUUAAUAUGCACAAAUUACUAACAAUCUUUAAUUA